UCUUAUUUACACAUGGAUACAUAUUCUGUUUAUUGUACGUUAUUUACAUUAGAUAUAUAAACAAAAAUAAUGUAUCAGCAGUUAGAAGAACAUAACCGUUUAGUUAAUAAGUAUUUAAAAAUAACAUUUGUAGUAGCAUUGUACUGGAUCGUGUCGAUAUUGACUGUUUUCGUUAAUAAGCUUUUGCUAAGCAGCGAUAUUGUAAAUUUAGAGGCCCCGCUAUUCGUAACUUGGUUUCAAUGUGUAGUCUCAACUACUAUAUGCUUCACGAUGAGUUGCCUUGGCAAAAAAUAUCCAGAGUUCAUAAAGUUUCCUGAUGGUAAUCCUCUUGAUAUUGAUACAGUGCGAAAGGUAAUACCACUUUCUAUACUUUUUACAUUAAUGGUAGGCACAAAUAAUUUGUGUCUUAAAUAUGUUGGAGUGGCAUUCUACUAUGUAGGGCGAUCGUUAACAACAGUAUUUAAUGUAAUAUUAACUUAUAUACUUUUACAUCAACGUACAAGUUGCAAGAGUAUAUUCUGUUGUGCAGUUAUUGUGUUUGGCUUUCUUUUAGGUGUGGAUCAAGAAAGCCUAACUGAUAGUUUCUCUUGGCGAGGCACUGUUUUUGGUGUGUUAGGUUCACUGUCUUUGGCAUUGUAUUCGAUACGUACAAAAACAACCCUAGCGCACGUUAAUCAAGAAAUAUGGUUAUUGAGCUACUACAAUAACUUUUACAGUUGUUUAUUAUUUUUACCAUUAAUAAUUUUAAAUGGGGAAUUGGAGGCUAUUAUAACAUAUAAGGAUCUAUUUGCGCCAUGGUUUGUUGCAGCUAUGAUUGUUGGAGGUAUUUGUGGUUUUGCAAUCGGUUUUGUAACUGCAUUACAAAUUAAAGUUACCUCACCAUUGACGCAUAACAUAUCAGGAACAGCAAAAGCGUGCGCACAAACUAUUAUUGCAACACAAUGGUUUAAUGAAAGCAAAUCAUUUCUUUGGUGGGUAUCAAAUGUAAUUGUACUACUAGCAAGUGCAGCGUACACACGUGUAAAGCAAUUGGAAAUGCAGUGGGCGCACAAUCGCAGUAAUAUAGCACAAAAAGCCUAAUGAUUAAUAAUAAAAUUUAUGGGUAUUAAAUAGACAAAUUAAUAAAAUGUUAGUUUUAUAUUAAAUAAA